CGGCCCGCGGGCAGUCGGGAGCGGGCGGAGCCGGCGCUGGACCGGGAGGCCGCUGAGGGCGACGGCGCGGGCGGCCGGCGGCAAAUUCGUCACAGUUAGCUGGUGAAGAAUGGGAGAGAUAGAAGGAACCUACCGAGCACUGCAGACCCCAGGGGCACGCCUGGGCGCCCAGCCCCCAGCGGGAGUGAGCACCCUGGAGCCCAGGCAGGCCCCCUCGGUGGGGCCGGCGCGGACGGCGGCCGGAACGCAGGAGAAGUGCCUUCUCCUCCGAGUGAAGCUGCUGGACAGCUCUGUGGAGAUGUUCGACGUUGAGCCCAAGUGCGACGGCCAGCUCCUACUGACACGCGUGUGGCGGCGCUUGAACCUGAUAGAGUGCGACUACUUCGGGCUGGAGUUCCAGAACGUCCCGUCCUACUGGGUUUGGCUCGAACCUAUGAAACCCAUCAUUAGGCAAGUACGAAGGCCAAAGAGUGCAGUGUUCCGCCUGGCGGUGAAAUUUUUCCCACCUGAUCCGGGUCAGUUGCAGGAAGAAUACACACGAUACUUGUUUGCCUUGCAGCUGAAGAGGGACCUGCUGGAAGAGCGUCUGACCUGCUCCGACGCCACGGCGGCCCUGCUCACGUCCCACCUCCUGCAGGCGGAAAUAGGGGAUUACGAUGAGACGCUGGAUCGCGAGCACCUCAAAGCCAACCAGUACCUGCCCCACCAGGAGCGCUGCCUGGAGAAGAUCCUGGAGCUCCACCGCAAGCACACGGGCCAGACGCCCGCGGAGUCGGACUUCCAGGUGCUGGAGGUGGCCCGGAAGCUGGAGAUGUACGGCGUCAGGUUUCACAAGGCUUCCGACCGGGAGGGCACCAAGAUAAGCCUGGCCGUGUCCCACAUGGGAGUCCUCGUGUUCCAGUGCGCCACCAAAAUCAACACCUUCAACUGGUCCAGGGUCCGGAAGCUCAGCUUCAAGAGGAAAAGGUUCCUCAUCAAACUCCACCCAGAGGUCCACGGGCCUUACCAGGACACACUGGAAUUCUUGCUGGGUAGCAGAGAUGAGUGUAAGAACUUCUGGAAGAUUUGUGUGGAGUAUCACACCUUUUUUAGGCUCCUCGAUCAACCGAAGCCAAAAGCGAAAGCCGUCUUCUUCAGCAGGGGCUCCUCCUUCAGAUACAGCGGACGGACUCAGAAGCAGCUCGUGGACUAUGUCCGAGACGGCGCCGCCAGGAGAACGCCCUACGAGAGGAGACACAGCCGGGUGCGGACGCCCAGCCACGCCCUGACGGCAGAGCUGCCGAAGCAGAGCAUCUCGUUCACCGAGGGCCUCAGGACUCCCGGGUCCCCGCCGUCAACGCCUGCCUCCUGCUUCUCGGCCCCGGCCUCCCCUGCGGCCCCGCCCGGCCGACCCGGUGUCUCGGACGCCCCGACGGAGCCCCCAGCCCCCCACACCCGGAGGCCGGCUGCGGAGAAGAGCCGUGCAGCCCCGGACGGCCCCGGCGCGAGACAGGCCCUGGCCCCCGGGCCCCCCGCGCUCCAGCCUUGCCAAGGCCUUCCCGUGGACAGUGCUCAGCCUCCUCCCUCCGCCCGGAAGAGCCCCCUGAGCCUGAGCCCUGCGUUUCAGGGGACUCCGGGCCCAGCCGAGCAGGGCUCCUUCCCACUCCUGAGCCCUGGCCUCAGCGACGCUGGCGGAUUCAGGACGGACGAUGAGGAGCUGAAACACAAGUGCCCAGGAGCGGAUGAAGCCUAUUUCAUAGCAAAGGAGAUUCUUGCUACGGAACGAACAUACCUGAAGGAUUUAGAAGUUAUUACUGUGUGGUUCCGCAGUGCGGUGGUCAAGGAGGACGCCAUGCCUGCAGCCCUGAUGACCCUGCUCUUCUCCAACGUAGACCCCAUCUACGAGUUCCACAGAGGCUUCCUGCGAGAGGUGGAGCAGCGGCUGGCACUCUGGGAAGGACCUUCCAGUGCCUUUGCCACUGGCGAUAAUCAGCGAAUCGGAGACGUCUUGCUCAGGAACAUGCAUCAGUUAAAGCAGUUUACUGGCUACUUCCAGAGGCACGAUGAGGUCCUGACCGAGCUGGAAAAGACGACCAAACGCUGUAAGAAGCUAGAGACGGUGUACAAAGAGUUCGAGCUCCAGAAAGUCUGCUACUUGCCUCUCAACAUGUUCUUGCUGAAGCCCAUCCAGCGGCUGGUGCACUACCGCCUGCUGCUGGGACGGCUGUGCGGGCACUACGCGCCCGGGCACCGCGACUACGCCGACUGCCGUGACGCCCUCGAGGUCAUCACAGAGGUGACCAGCGCGCUCCGGCACAGCCUCGCCCGGCUGGAGAACCUGCAGAAGCUGACGGAGCUGCAGCGGGACGUGGUCGGCAUAGACAGCCUCGUCGCCCCGGGCAGGGAGUUCAUCCGCGAGGGCUGCCUUCACAAGCUCACCAGGAGGGGCCUGCAGCAGCGCAUGUUCUUUCUGUUCUCAGAUAUGCUGCUGUACACCAGCCGCGGCGCCUCGGGGACCAGCCGCUUCCGGACCCGGGGCCUCCUGCCCCUGCGCGGGAUGCUGCUAAUAGUGCUGGACCCGCCGAUAGAAGAGAGCGAGAGCGAGUGGUCGGUGCCGCACUGCUUCACGAUUUACGCUGCUCAGAAAACAGUCGUGGUGGCCGCCAGCACCCGGCUGGAGAAGGAGAAGUGGAUGCACGACCUGAACGGCGCCAUCGACGCGGCCAAGGGCAGCGGGGACGCGGCCCCGGCCCUGCCGGGCAGUGCCACCUGUGCUGCUCCCCGCGGACCCCCCGACGAGGUCUGCCUGGAGCAGGAGUCGGAGGAAGAUCCCCGCGGCGCCCACAGCCCCCUGGAGGGCCAGGGCCAGCACCGGGCCAACACCACGGUGCACGUGUGCUGGCACCGCAACACCAGCGUCUCCCGAGCCGACCACAGUGCAGCGGUGGAGAACCAGCUGUCGGGGUAUCUGCUGAGGAAGUUCAAAAACAGUAACGGCUGGCAGAAGCUCUGGGUGGUCUUCACCAACUUCUGCUUGUUCUUCUACAAAACCCACCAGGACGACUACCCCCUGGCCAGCCUCCCCCUGCUGGGCUACAGCGUCAGUGUGCCCAGCGAGGCCGACGGCAUCCACAAGGAGCACGUCUUCAAGCUGCAGUUCAAAUCCCACGUCUACUUCUUCCGGGCCGAGAGCAAGUACACAUUUGGGAGGUGGAUGGAGGUGAUCGAGCGUGCCAGCAGCUCGGCCGGGCGGGCAGGGGCCCCCAAGGAGGCAUGACCCCCUCCUGCCCCAACGAGGACGGAGCAGGAGGUGCAGCGUGGCCAGCCCAGGCCCCACGACUGCUCGUCCCGCCUUCCCAGCAACGGGCCAGCCGUCCGGGUGGCCUCGCAGGGACACCUGGCAGGGACACUGUCCAC